ACACCAAAACACAAUAUCUCUUUACUUAUUUCCUCUAUAAAUCUCCCACAACCAUUGCUACUGCAAACCAGUCACAAAUGGAAAAGCUCAGAAGAUCGUCCAAAAACAAGACCGAUAUCGCUUGCAAGAGGCACCCGAAACACCAACAAUCGCCGGGCGUUUGCUCCUUGUGCUUGAAGGAAAAGCUAGAACGAGUUGCUCACAAGCUCUCGACUUAUUCUAUCCCCUACUUGCAUAGAAAUUUGUCCGCUUCUCCUUCUACGACUUCUUCUUUAUCGUCGUACUACUCGUCCUCUUCGGCUUCUUCUUCUUCAUCUCCUGCGCCAGGUUACGAGCAAAAGGGUUCGAUAUCUUGGUUGUUGAGCGGUGAAAAUAAUGUGCUUAGUAAAAGUAGGUCGCUGGUGAAUUAUUUUCCGAGACGAAAGAGGGAGAUGGGAAGUGAAGAGAAGAAGAAGAGUCGGUUUUGGACAAAGUUGCUUCGUCCCAUAAGUAAGCGGAGGGAAGAGGGUUUGAUGCACUCUAGGACUGUGAGAGAGAUCAGGGUUCCUAAUAGGAUGCCUUGAACUUUGAAGGCCAAAUUUUUUUUUUAUUUUUAUUGUUGUUCUUUUUCUUGUUUCUUGAUAGAUUAGAAUGUACGUAGCAGACUUCUGAUCACAAUUUUUGAAUCAGAAAGCUGACAAAAGGAAAGAAAUCAAAGAUUGUACUAUUAAUUUGUGCAUAUAUACCAGCCUAUAUAUAUGUUUAAAUAUUAUGUAUCGUUCGAUUAAUGUUUAAUUAGCCUUGGAAUUUA